AUGGACGACCGAGACAGCAAGGCGGCACACAGGCGGCUGUCCAAGAAGACACGAGAGCGGGCGCCGCCCCCCGUCAGCUACAAUAACAAGUUCAGCACCGCGAACACCCUUAAACGCGCUCCCAGUGCCGCUUCCUAUUUCGAGAGGUCUGGCAGCUACAACUCGGGGCUUGGCAUCUCUCCAGCCGCGCACCCUGCCUCAUCCUCCAGUAGCCUCCGGAGGUCCCCCUCGUUGCUCACGCCGCUGACCGAGAGCCGCACCGUCAAUGCGAGCGGCGCAUACGGCUUCCACGACACCCCGUCCACGCAGAGCAGGCUCCCUUCUAGCCACGAGCUGGUCGGCGACUCGUUCACCAACAUCGUCGCCGGCGCAAACACGAACGUAUCCUCGUAUAGCUCCAAGCAGCUGCGCCCAACAGGCCCCGUGCAUUCGCAGACAGCCGACGGACAGCCCUCACGGUUCAAGAAGAGCCCCCGCCUGCGCCAGUCGACGUCCUUCCAGCAGCUCGCCCGCAAGAUGGAUACCCCGCCAUCGGGCACCAAGAGCCCGCGCAACCGGUACAGCGACGAGGGCGAUGGCGUGAAGAACAGGAAGACGGACGGCGGCAAGAAGAAGGGCACCUUCAGCACCUUCAUGAGCAACAUGCUGGGCUCGCCGCGCCGCCCGACCAUCUCGACGCCCACCAACCCCAUGCACGUCACCCACGUCAGCAUCGACAACGAGACGGGCGAGUUCACGACCGCUGCUAACUCGGUUCAGGGUCUUCCCAAGGAAUGGCAGCGCAUGCUCCAGCAGAACGGCAUUACAGAGCAGGAACAGAAGCAGCAUCCCCAGGCCGCAAUGGACGUUGUCAACUUCUACAAGAACAACGCCGAGAAGAACGGCGACGACGAGGUAUGGGAGAAGAUGGGCGCUGCUCACCCCCAUCACCAGUCGCUCAACCCCGGCUACGGAUCAGCCCAGCCCCUCAGUCCCCCGCAAAGUCCACGAUUCCCACGCAACGAGCACGAUAGCUUCGAAAACCCUCGAGCUCCACCCCCAGUACCUCUACCCCGCAGUCUGACGUCGCCCAUACCGAACACGCCCCAGCUCAAUGGCUCCAUCAUCCCUCACCGACCUGCUCCUCGCCCGCCAGGUGCUGCGUCAGGCUCAGCGAACCUCGUACCCAGCCGAGCUGCGCCUGCAGCGCCUGCAGCGCCUGCCCAGAUAGCCACCCAGCAAUCUCGCCAGGAGAAUGACAUGCCUCCGGUUGUCUACGCCUCUCCACAGGCCACGGAUAGCGCCUAUGGCACAUCAACAUCGUCAGCACCACGCAGCCGCGCAAAUACUACAGGUGGCACUCCUCCGCGAUUCGAAUCUCCCUCCAACAGCCAAACUGCGAUCUCGCCUGCUCAGCAAUACCAGCAGCAGCAGGCUCAAGCAAUGGCUGCGGCUCAACAUUCCAUGAGCAGCCACAAGCACCAGCCGCCUCAUCUCGGUCGAAGCGUCAGCCAGAAGGUGCCGCAAUCGCAACCAUUCAAUCAUGGACCACCAGCACAUGUACAGCCCUCGCCUCAACAGCAACUUGCCCAGCAAAUGGACCCUCAAAACAUCCCUCUACCUUCGCAGCAGGCACGCGUUGGCCCAGCACCCCGACCAAGGCAAAGACCGAGGCAAAGCCAGGGUCCUGACAUUGUUGCCAAGCUCAACGCGAUUUGCACAAACGCCGAUCCUACAACUCGUUACCGCCAGCUGAACAAGAUUGGUCAGGGUGCGUCCGGUGGUGUGUACCAAGCGUACGAAAAUGGCACCAACAAGUGCGUAGCCAUUAAGCAAAUGAACUUGGAGCAGCAGCCCAAGAAGGAUUUGAUUAUUAACGAGAUCUUGGUUAUGAAGGACAGCAAGCACAAGAACAUCGUCAACUUCAUGGACAGCUUCCUUGUACGAGGUGAUCUGUGGGUCGUCAUGGAGUACAUGGAGGGUGGCAGUUUGACUGAUGUGGUGACCUUCAAUAUCAUGUCAGAAGGUCAGAUUGCUGCGGUAUGCAGGGAGGUUCUUCACGGUCUCCAGCACCUGCACUCCAAGGGGGUUAUCCACCGAGACAUCAAGUCUGACAACAUUCUUUUGUCUCUGGAGGGCAACAUCAAGCUCACCGAUUUCGGAUUCUGCGCACAGAUCAACGAGCACCACAACAAGCGCACGACCAUGGUCGGAACUCCGUACUGGAUGGCGCCAGAAGUUGUUACUCGCAAGGAGUAUGGUCGCAAGGUCGAUAUCUGGUCAUUGGGCAUCAUGGCCAUUGAGAUGAUCGAGGGAGAACCGCCGUACCUGAACGAGAGCCCGCUGCGCGCACUAUGGCUCAUUGCUACUAAUGGCACGCCCCAAAUCAAGGAGGAGCACGCGUUGUCACCUGUCUUCCGCGAUUUCCUUGGGUUUUCGCUCAAGGUUGACCCUGAUAAGCGCGCGAGUGCCCACGAUCUUCUUGUGCACCCCUUCAUUCAGACAUCAGAACCACUCAACACCCUCGCACCACUUGUUCUGUCUGCACGGAAAGCAAGAGCUGAUGAGAGGAAGAAGAAGGGCGGUAUGUGA